AACGGGGAUCGCGGGAGUGCCACGUUCAUCUGUGUGAAUCGAGGAGAGAGGAGAUCCCGGAGCGGCGAGACCCCAGCCUCGGGUUGCAUUCACAGCUCCCUUAGCCUUCCAGGUAAUCGCGAUGGCCCGCGGGGCCCCUGGAGCCAGAGGCUGGAGGGCUGCGGGGUGGGUGACUUUGGUUGCCCUAGAGCUCCUGAUGUUUGGAGUUGGGAGCCGCGCAGACUUGCAUGAAGAUAUGCAUAAAGAUUUCCAUCAUUCUGGCCAUGGGCACUCCCACAAGGAUUUUCACCAUCCUGGCUAUGGACACUCACAUGAAGAUUUCUACCAUCCAGGCCAUGGGCAUGCACAUGAUGAUUUCCACCAUCCAGACCAUGGACAGUCCCAAGAAGAUUUCCAGCAUCAUGGCCAUGGUCACCUGCACAAAGAUUUCUAUCAUCGUGAUCAUGGUCAUGAAGAUUUCCAGCAUCAUGGCCGUGGAUAUUUGCAUGAGGGUUUCCAUCAUGGGCACAGCCACACACCAGGACACCAUGGCCACACACAUGAGAGUUUUUAUUAUGAGGCUGACCCCUUGCACAAUAGGCAUUCACAUGAAGGAAAUGGACCCAACCAUAGAGGUCACAGUCAUGACCAUGGACACAGUCAUGCUCAUGAAUAUGGACAAACCCCCAAAGGCACAGGGGAUUCUGAGGUUCUAGGCAGUGUGCAGGACCUGGACACUGUCAGUCUUUGGGCAUAUGCUCUGGGGGCAACAGUGCUGAUUUCAGCGGCUCCAUUUUUCAUUCUUUUUCUUGUACCUGUGGAAUCCAAUUCCCCCCAGCACCGCUCACUCCUGCAGAUCUUACUCAGCUUUGCCUCUGGGGGACUCCUGGGAGAUGCCUUCCUUCAUCUCAUACCUCAUGCCCUGGAACCUCAUUCUCAUCAUGGGGAUAUAGAACAUCACUUUGAGGAAAGGCCAGGACAUGAACAUUCCCAUAGCCACCAAGGCCCAAUUCUCUCUAUUGGGCUCUGGGUUCUCGGUGGAAUUGUUGCCUUUCUUGUGGUGGAAAAAUUUGUAACACAUGUGAAGGGAGGACAUGGACAUGGACACGGACAUGGACAUGGACACGGACCCAAGCAUGGGCAACAUAAACUUUCAAAGGAAAAGCAGAGCUCAGAUGAGGAAGAGAAAAAGAAAGAGAUUGGAGAAGCAAGGAAGAGAAAAGGAGCAGGAAAAGAACUGAAUGAUGGUCCGAUGAAACAGCUUAAUUCUGAAGAGAAGAAAGGGGGUUCAGACUUGCGUGUAUCUGGAUACUUGAACCUAGCUGCGGACCUGGCUCACAACUUCACAGAUGGUCUAGCAAUUGGGGCCUCUUUCAGAGGGGGCCGGGGACUAGGGAUUUUGACCACACUAACUGUCCUACUACACGAGGUACCCCAUGAAGUUGGGGAUUUUGCCAUCCUUGUCCAGUCUGGCUGCAGCAAGAAGCAGGCGAUGGGCCUUCAACUGCUUACGGCACUGGGGGCCCUAGCAGGCACAACCUGUGCCCUCUUGGCUGAAGGAGGAUCCCAGGCAAACAGUGCUGCUGGUGGUAGUGGCCCAGGUUGGGUCCUCCCAUUUACAGCUGGUGGCUUCAUCUAUGUGGCAACUGUGUCUGUAUUGCCCGAACUACUGAGAGAGGCUUCUCCCCUGCAGUCCUUGCUGGAGGUUCUGGGGCUGUUAGGUGGAGUUGCUAUGAUGGUUUUGAUUGCCUACCUUGAAUGAGAGGUGGGAGACCCCUUCCCCUAAACCUUGAAGAAUAGGGUCACCUGGAUGGGGGGCAUUAGCCAAAGGGAGAAUGAGCCAAGUACUAGAAAGACAAAUGUCUAGAAGGUCAACAAACUUGUGUUAACCCUACAAGGCUGAAUGUUCCAGGGAGCAGUAGUCUUGAGAAUGAGAGGCAAGAAUGGCUGUAGUAUUGAGAAUUGAGUUAGGUCUUAGGUGGCAUAACUAAAUGUGAUCGACUCCAAGAAGGAAGAGGGAGACAGAAUAAGGACUCUCGGCACCUGUGUUCCCCAUACCUGUUCUCAAGGGACUAAGCUGCCCCCAGCUGCACCUCCCAUCUCUCUCAUGACGGUGUGCCUUUCUCAAAGGCCCGAGAGCCCUAGACCGAGGAAGGGAGGGGAGGGGUCAGCAGUAAGAUCAAUCGUGUGUAGUGAUUGGGAGUGGGGAAGAGGGAAGUCUUGUCAUUGAUCUUAUAACUGUUUAGGUUUUGCUUUUUUUAUAUCAUG